CAAAAAGACUGCGCGGCAUUGUCCAUAUCACAGCCGCGGUGUGCCCGCACGGCUGGUGUAGUAGUGCUACGUGUCGCACUGCUGCCACCACAACAGCUGGCGAGCCCUGCGCUGCCUACGAGCAGCACAGGCAGCAGGGCAGCUAUAGCAUGAAGACCAAACCAGGCGGACGCGCAGCGAGAACCGACCUGCCACCCGACAUUCCGGAAGAGCUCAAGGCACUAGAUGACGCCGCGUUACUAGAUGCACUAGAAACGCAGCCGCCGGCCGUCGCGACGCGCGCGCUGCACGAGCGAUUAAGGAAGAAACCGGCGCCCUCGGACGCGUUCAAGAGUGGCGCGCGCGUCUUGCUCGCGCGCAUCGUCUUCCGCACGCCGUCGUCGAGUGCGGCGACGGCCGCCGCGGCUUAUGGAUUUUCCGGACCCGACGGCGCGCUCUUGCUCGAAGCGUUGCGAGGCGCGCUCGAGAAAACAUCAUCGACCAAUGCGUUUACGAACGCGGCGGCUCGAGCCUUGGUCGCUACUGAUUCUGAAGCGUACAAACGCGAGGAGUGGCCGCUGUCCGCGAAAGUCGCGCUCGUCCACGCCGCCGCCAAGACGCUGAAACAUACGGAAGCCGCUUCAAAAAUCUGCGCGGACGCUUCUAGAACUGCGGACGACGAUGUCACAAGGGCCGCGGCGCUCGACGCGCUCACGGCGCUGGCGAAGCGCUCGAAAUCAUGCCGCGGUAUCGCAUCACAAGCGGCCGCCGAUUCAUUAAGGCGGCCCCUGGACCGGCGGCGGUUUGCCGCCGCCGUGGCCUGCUUGAAGAUUUGCGGUUCGUCAAAUGUGACCGCAGCAUUAAAGACGGCGAACGACCCCGACGCGUGCCUCAGAGGCCGCUGCGCCGCUCUAGAAGCGGCGCUGCCUUCGUUACAAGCGCCGCCAUCGACUAUGUGGGUUGAUUUAGUUGAGCCGGGAUUAACUGGAGACGCGGGGUCGAGACGAGCGGCCGUGGACCUCGCCUCAACAGCUUCGAACACCUUCGGCUUCGAGAGCUCGGGCGCGCUGCAGUGUUUGGUGCAGUCAUUAGCCUCGUCCAAACAAGGCGUCGACGAGCUGUGCCUCAAGCUCUUGGAUUGUGAGGAUCAUGAUAGGAGGUGCUCAUCGUUAGCCGCGGAGCUGCUUCUCGGGGCGCCGCCUUCCUGUAGAGUCCGGGCCUGCCGCGCGGCGUUGCAAGCGCGGUCGCAGUCGACGCACGCUUCGAAGCUGCUCGACGACGACGCGUUACGUGAAGCUUUGAUGGAUGCCGACGACGCGUGCCGCGCGGCGGCCGUCGAGGUGCUGGGGAGGCGCUCGUCCGAUCCAAGGCGCCUGGCGGCGUUUUUUGAUGAUGCGCCGCUCGAGAAAGCGCUGAAAUGUGCGGCGCGGCGCUUAGCGCGGAGUUCAGCAGCUCUAGAAUUGGGCGAACUCGCGUGUCGUGCCUUGGGCGAUGCCAGUACGGAGGCGAACGCGUCAUCAGUGCUCGAGGGCUUGUCCGACGGCCCCCACGCCGUGGAAUUAGUGGAAAGAUGCCGUUCUUCACUAUUAGAAGCUUUGCGGACGUCGCGCUGGGACCGACGGCGGCGCGUCUACUACGACUUACUGAAACUAGGCCCACCGAUCAAGGAAGACCAUGAUGAGGACUUCUCCGACGGUUCUGCAAGGCUGACCGCUUUGUCUGGAGAUUUGAGCCUCGCGUCGAAAGCAGAGGCGACCAUAAAAUCGCCUUAUCUAGGAGCGCUUUCGCUCCUAGCGGACCAAUUGGACGACUCAAGCGCUCUCAGUGCCGCCGGCGCCGCCGCGCGAGAUUUAAGGUUGUGGGGUGCCCAGCUGCCGGCCGAAGAUGGCCAUGAAGACUCGUCUGAUGAGGAGGGCGAGUCCGACGCGUGGCACGGCUGCCGGAACGCCUGCGCGUUGGCAGCUUCUGUAGCGCGCCACGCCCCUACUAUGAUUGGCGACGCGGCCCUUGAGCUACUAUUGAGGACGCGCCACACGGGCGCCAUCAACGGGGGCGAGAGUGUCCUAAGGGCGGCGUCCUUGUCAGGCACGGACGAGGAUCGAAGGAGGUGGCUCAAGACCGCGUUGACGUCGUGUCGGCGACCGGACGACCAUUUAUCGAGACGCCGGAGCGCCGGCCUCGGCGCGGCGCACGCCGCUUUGCUGGACACGGAUCCCUCUCUCUCACAAAACGCGUGCAAGUUUCUGAUUACCAUCGCUUCCAAUGGAGGAGCUAGAGACGCGAAGAGGGCGUUGAAUGUUCUGGCGGCCGUCGCCGACCGCGCCUCGAAUGCGUUGCGGCACGAUUUGGGGAAGGCGCUGAGCGCCUCGCUGACACGCGCGGACGACGGCGACUGGGGGUGUCGAGGGGCGGCGGCGCUGUGCGCCGCCGCUUUGUUGAGACGUUUGUACCGCGACGAGCGGAGUCUUUUCGACGGGGCGGAAGGCGACUUGCGGUCCUAUACUCAUAUAAAGGAGGCCGUCGACGACGCUUUAGCACGGGAGGGCCCCAUCGGCCGCACGAUCGCGUUGCGUUGUAUUCGUGGCUGCCGAGCGUCAAAACCAUCGCAAGAGACGUGGCUCGCGUUACUCGGCGCGAGCGACCAGCGCGUCCGCGUCGCCGCCGCCGAGACGCUUUCUUCCUUGAACGAACCCUGGUGCACUCCAUCACUACUGUGCGACGGCUUGUUACCUCAGAACGACCCCAAUGGUGCCCACGGCCGCCUCCUGUGCUGCGCUUUACUCCCUCAAACAAAUUCCACGGACGACGUCAAGAGUUUAAUUAGAUGCGCGUCGCGCCUCGCGCCCAAGAAUGCCGAUGAGGUCUGGUGCCCGCCCGUCCAUCUGGUGGCGUGCGAGGCCUUGGCAAAGCACGCGCCGGCGACGCCGCGCCUGGCCGCGGCCGAGAACGCAUGUAUUGAGCGAAUAUUGGCGCGUGGCACACGCCCCGACACUUUACCAGGAGAGGGCCGCCUCGACGCGGCGCUCGCUAUUAGAAGAUGCGCGCGGUUAAUUGGAGAGGACGCGAACGAGGCCCUCAAGCUGCUCGACGACGACGUCGCGGACCCCGUCGCCAUUGGAUUGCUGGGCGCGGCAUCAAAAGCGUGCGGCAUUGUCAGAGACGAGCGGUUUUUAGAUGAUUUGGAUCUGGACGAGGCUACGUGUGAAAUUGGGGAGGGCCGCGUGCCGCCGUACGUCGUCCAGGCCGAGCUUCGGAGGCUCACGACGGCGUCUCCAUCAAGGCGCGCGGCGGCGCUGAAACUCGCGCUCGCGGCGGCGGCGUGCGGGAGCCUCCACGAGGCCGUCGUCGAGGUCGAGGUGCCUGCCGCCGUCGUCGAAUCUUCCAGGAGGUGGCCCGAGGCCGCGCGCGCGGUCGUGGCGCAGCUCAGGGCGAUCCUACAAAACGACCACGGGCCCGCGUUGUCGUGCUUCCGGGCCAACGGCGGCGUUCUAUUGAGGCGGGGCGCCGCGCGCGCGUGUGCGCUGCUCCAGGACCCGCCUUCUUCAGUAAUUCAGGCGUGCCUGGCCCUCGCGUGCGAUUCUGAUCGCGUCGUCCGGGCCAACGCGGCCGACGCGCUGGCGCCGGGGCUCAGUCCGGCGGCCGCCGUCGUUAGUGUGGCGGCGGAGUUCACGGGCGUCGUGCCCGUCAAGGCCAAGGCGCUGCUGGCGCGGCGCGCGGCGUUGAUGAAGGCGCCGCCCGCGGCCGCGCCGCCGGGGCUCGUGGUCGACGCGCCGCCGCCGCCGCCCUCGCCGAUCUCUCCGGCGACGCCCCCCAAGCGCGUUGGCUCCAACAGCAAGUUCCCGGCAGUUCCUGAUCCCGAGACGGUCCGCGCGCCCGCGACGACGCCGCUCGCGUCGCCCCAGCGGGCGGCCGCGCCGCCGCCGCCGCCGUCGCCGACGACGCCGCGCAAGUCCGUGGACCUCCCCGGCUUCGCGCCCUCGAAGGCGGCGAAGCCCGUCGCGGCGACGCCCGACGCCAAGCCGCGCCGCAAGGUGUCCUCGCUCAUCAAGCGCUUCGAGCGCAAGAAGGGCGCCGCGUCCCCGCCGGAAGCACCUAAGUGA